AUGGCCUCGCCAAAUGUCAAGUUCCUCAUCGGACCCAACAAGAACGAGUUCAAUAUCCACAGCGAAAUCGUGGCGGUCCAGUCUUCCUCUCUUGCAAACAUCAUCAGAGAGCAAAACGGUCGAUUCGAAGGUAGACCAAUCAUUUGGAAGCAUGUCGACGUCGACACUUUCAUUCGCUUCUGCGCAUUUGCUCUCGCCGGGGACUACAAUGGUGUCGAGCCCCGUCUCCGACAAAUCCCCACCAUGGUUUCCCAGCCUCGUCUUCUGCGCAAGACCAUCAAGCUUCGCCUGACAAACCACGGGAGAACUCCGAUGAGCGUUUACAAUAUCUUUUGCUGGCAGAGAUUCAAGGAGCGAUAUUCCGGACAUGAGUUCAGUCCGGAUGACGCUGUCGACAGUCGAACUCACACGUGCGUAGAGGUCUUUCUCUGCCACGCCCGCAUGUUCAUUUUCGCGGACCAAUACAAAAUCGCCAAGCUGCGAGACGUCGCCAUUCGCAAACUUUGGAUCGCAAUGGUCAAUAUUACCUUUACAGGUAAUGCGAUCCCCGACGUCACCCAGCUCGUAAAUAUUCACUUUUUUACCCAGCAUUCGCUUGACAGAAGUCCAGUCUGCUCCAAACAGAACACCAUACACCACCAUAAAUCAUGCUACCCCAAGGCCCCGCAGGAGGAAGCUCACUGUUUUGUCGAUCAACCUGCUGCUGGUGCUGGCAUGAUCCUUACACCCAACACUAUGGUGCUCAUGACAGCGGUCAACUUCCUCAGCCCGGAUGGAAAGUGCUUCACAUUUGACGCCCGAGCGAACGGUUAUGGAGAAGGCGAAGGCAUCGGCGUCGUGGUUCAAAAACGACUUUAG